AUGAGUGUCGGAUCAGCUGGAAUCCUUCUUGCCAUCUCGUUGAUCACCAUCUUCCUCACUGCAAGAGAGAUUAACGACGUCUACAGAGAAGCGAUGGAGGACCUCGACGAAUGGAAGCGCUACUCGGACGAAGCUUGGGACGAUAUGAAAUCACUGCAGCAACGAGCACCAAGGCAGGUGCCGGAUCGUGCACGAACGAUUACAAGACGAAAUCCCUACUACAUUUCACCUCCUGCAAGUCCCUAUUCUGCUCCACAGGCAGCUUAUGUCCAGCCGGAUAUAUGCAGUUGCGCCCAGCAGCCAAACAACUGCCCUAGCGGGCCUGUUGGGCCACCAGGUCAGCCAGGUUCUGAUGGAGAGCCUGGUUAUCCUGGAGAACCAGGACAUCCUGGUGCAGACGGUAUCACUGUUGGAACGUAUCAGGAAGAAACACAGGGUUGUAUUCGAUGCCCUAUCGGCCCUCCAGGACCACCCGGAGUAAUGGGAUAUCCAGGUGAACAGGGUCCACCUGGACCUAUUGGUCUACCUGGAGCAGUUGGAUAUCCAGGGCAGCCAGGUGUGUGCGGACCUCCUGGAGAUCCUGGACCCAAUGGACCACCCGGACUUCCUGGUCCACCAGGAGAGAAUGGUUUCGAUGUCGUUGUUCAGAUAGGCACACCUGGACCGAAAGGCUUGCCAGGAAGACCUGGCCCUCCUGGAAGGCCAGGACCUCAGGGCUAUUGUCCACCGCCUGGUCAACCUGGCAUCGUUGGACCGCCUGGGCUUCCAGGACAACCGGGCAAUCAGGGUUUACCGGGUCAACCAGGAUAUCCAGGAGUUCCUGGUAUACCCGGACAAGACGGGGAAUACUGCCCGUGUCCGCCAAAAUCUUCAUCUUCCAACUCUUACCAACAGAACUCGUAUCAACAGAGUAGAGAAGAGUACGCCACUCAAUAUGAUGGUUACGGUAAUAAUGUAGAUCUCGGCUAUGACAAUCCCCAGGAGUCUAGAGCGGAGUAUCGAAGGAGAGUAAUCGCUCGUAUGCUCAGAAGGCGGAGGUUACUCACUCAGAAGAAGCAGGCCUGA